CUUUCAUGAAAUUGUUUCAAAGAUAAAACAUGAUUGACAGACGGAAAAAAGGAAAAAAGAAAAAACAGACGAAUGAGGUCUAUAGGAACUUGUGAAACUUUCCCUGUAAUAAGGGAAUAAUCCGGGCUAUACGGACCCUUGAAAAGAAUUGGGGUUUCGCGUGAAAAUAGAGGUAGUAAUUAUUGGAUGGAUAGCAGCAACUUUAACACAAAUGGCUUGGAGCAGACACUGCAGGAUGGAAAGCUUUACCGCCACGUGAAUGCUUUAGUCGUUGCGCAUCUCCGUGACAAUAAUCUCAAUCAGGCAGCAAGUGCAGUUGCAUCCGCUACGAUGACACCACUAAAUGUAGAAGUACCUCAUAACAAGCUCAUUGAGUUGGUUGCUAAGCAGGGUCUUGCAGUGGAGAAAGAUGAGAUGUUGAGAGGAAUUCCUUCCGAGGCGCUGCUUGAUUCAAGCAUAUCUACAGGAUAUGGAUCAAUAACAGCUCCACGUGUUGUUGGCGUUGAUUUCAGUGCUGUGCAUGACAUAAAAGGCUCAUCAAAGAGUUUCCAGAAGCAUGAAACUAGGCACGUUUCAGAACACAAGAAUGUUGCAAGAUGUGCAAGAUUUAGUCCUGAUGGAAAGUUUUUUGCAACUGGAAGUGCAGACACAUCAAUUAAGCUCUUUGAGAUAUCAAAAAUUAAGCAAAUGAUGCUUUCAGAUUCAAGAGAUGCCACUAUGCGGGCUGUAAUAAGGACAUUUUAUGACCAUCUACAACCUGUAAAUGAUUUGGAUUUCCAUCCUCAAAAUACAAUUCUGAUUUCUGGGGCCAAAGAUCACACAAUAAAGUUCUUUGAUUUCUCGAAAACAGUUGCGAAGAGAGCAUUCAGAGUUAUUCAGGAUACUCAUAAUGUGAGGUCUGUAUCAUUUCAUCCAUCUGGAGAAUUUCUUUUGGCAGGAACGGACCAUCCAAUUGCUCACUUGUAUGAUGUUAAUACUUUUCAAUGUUACCUAUCAGCAAAUGUUCAAGAGAUUGGUGCCAAUGUAGCCAUAAACCAGGUUAGGUAUUCGUCAACUGGAGGCAUGUAUGUGACGGCUUCUAAAGAUGGUGCUAUAAGGUUGUGGGACGGGGUGACUUCCAAUUGUGUUCGCUCCAUUCUUGGUGCACAUGGAACAGCAGAAGCUACAAGUGCAAAUUUCACAAAAGAUCAAAGGUAUGUUCUUUCUUGUGGAAAAGAUUCUACUGUAAAACUCUGGGAAGUUGGCUCAGGUAGAUUGGUCAAGCAAUAUCUUGGAGCUGCACAUAUGAUGUUGAGGUGCCAGGAUCAAGUGUCCAAGAAGAUGAUCGCGAAGGGGCCUAAAGCUGUUUUUAAUGCCACGGAAGAAUUUGUGCUAUCGAUUGAUGAACCAAGCAAUGAGAUUGUUAUUUGGGAUGCUCUUACGACAGAGAAAGUGGCUAGAUGGCCUUCAAACCACAUUGGUUCACCUCGUUGGCUCGAGCAUUCACCCGUAGAGGCAGUAUUUGUUACGUGUGGAACGGACAGAUCAGUAAGGUUCUGGAAGGAGACAAAUUAGGCUGGCAUCGAUAACAUGUUCAGUAUGUUGGAUUGGACUGCCCAUAUUGGGAAUUAUUAUGGAAAAAAAUAAGUUAAAAUCUUAUUUGUUGUCCUAUGUUAUUAUCGGGCAACAUGUGGGACGAGAGGGGCUUUUGUCCUAUAGACAACCUUCGAAAGCCCACAAAAAUUACAUAAUUUUACUGGUUUUUUAUCCCUGCCAUCGGAAUUUACAGAAUUUUUUACCAAUCAGAUUGCCGUCUUCUGGUGUA